CCGCUCGACCCCCCUCCGAUAGACCACCCGCUGUUGCCAAAGACAAACGCGGCUCGAGCCAAGAAUUGUUUACCGCGCGUGCCAGCGAAUUAAUGUCAGUGCGUGCGUGCGUCGGCUCGUCAAAGGCUUGCAAUCAGUCAGUCGGUCGGUUAUCAGUGGCCUUCCAUCAGUCUUACAUCAGUGGCCUUCCAUCAGUCGGUUAUCAGUAGCCCUCAGAUCAAUUGUACGUGGUGCGAGCGAAGAGAUGUCGCAAAAGGUGCUGGACAUUUUACUGCAGAAGAAUGACUCGCGAAUUGCAUGGGGCUUCUCGCUGUGUGCUGGCCCUGACUCUUCUAUUCUUAUAGAUAAGGUAUGGCCGGGAGCGCUGGCCUGCCAGUACCUGGCACCCGGAGACCGUUUGUUGAGUAUGGAUGGCGUGGAUUGUCGCAGUCUGACGGUGACGGAGGCCUCCAAGAUCGCCGCCAGACCAGUCACCGCGCUCAAUCUGAUCGUGGCCAAAGCCAGCGACAAAAUGCAGCGUCAUCAAUCUACUGCUUCAAAGGCAACCAGACCGGUGUAUUUGUUGUCUCCUGUGGCACAGAAUUUCGGUGGUUUGGGAUCGUCGGUGACACACAAUUCCGGUGGUUUGGGAUCACCGUCGGCACAGAAUACCGAUGGUUUGGCGCCACCGUCGGCACACAAUACCAGUGUUUAUGGAUCGCAGGUGGCACCCAAAACCGGUGCUACGGUUGACACCACUCAGGAGGCGUGGCGCCGCCGGUGUCGUCAGAGUACAUCCCCGUCCUCGUCGGCCCGCCGAUCAAAGGCUGCGUUCUGGGAGCGCUGCACCAGUCCACAACGCCAACCGGUGCAUCCGCCUUCCGAGUUCCGGUCCUCACGGUCUGUGUCGUCCGGCCGUAGCACGCCCACCAGGUACUGGUCGGAUGGUGAUGCGGGAUGGUGUGCGGGAUCUGAGCGGGACUGGGACAGUAGCAGUCGGUCUGUGGCCUCCGAUUCGGGGCGGGGUCACACCAGCUACGGCAGACAGGUCAGCUGUCCCGCUUGGGUCGACCACUCAAACGACACAACCCACCAAUCAAGAGCAGAUGGCUCUACUACUACCAACUCAUCCAAUCGUCAUUCAAUUGCUGCUGAGAGUCGAACCAAUCUACAGGACAAAAACACUGGAUGCUUUUCGAACUACGGAAGAAACUCUAAUCGUGUCUAUGAUGAUACUGAAUGCCUUUCUAGUAAGGAGACAAACUCUAAUCGUGUCUGUGAAUCAAAAACUAAGAUUGAGGGAGAAGAAGAUCUGAAAUGGUUUGCUGAUGUACGAUCCAAUACACAACCAGGCACUAAAUACAUUUCUUCCAAUAAGGAAAAAAACUCUAAUCGUGUCUACACUGAAUCAAAAUCCAAGACUGAGGAAGAGAAACAUCUGAAAUCGUUUGCUGAUAUACGAUCCAAUUUACAACAGGACAAAAGCACUGAAUACCUUUCGAACUACGGAACUAACUCUAAUCGUGUCUACACUGAAUCAAAAUCUAAGACUGAGGAAGAGGAGGAUCUGAAAUGGUUUUCCAGCCAGGAAAUUAAGUAUGGAUAUGUUGACAGCCAAGCUAGGACACACUUUGUAGAGGACUCAAAAUGGCCGUUCAGCUGUGAUAGAAGAUUUGGGGUGAUGGAUGAUGUAUCGAAAACUCAAAAUGAGAUAAAUCAACAUUCAAAAUUGGACACACAACGAGGAACGGUUACUGGAGAUGUACAUUCAACCUUUAAAGGUAGUGUUCUUGAAGGUGAUUAUGAUGUAAAGCAGUUUACUAGUUUACCCGCAAAUUUUGAACGAGAUGAAUUGAGCAAACGUUUUGAUUCAACUAGGAAAGAGGCUUCUGAUAUGAAGGUUUUAUCAGAAGUAUCUUCUACAAACCAGGAAGAUUACAGCUCUGAAAUGUGCGCACGGAAAGAAGCUUUUGAACGACAUAAAUUCAGCAAAUGUUUCGAAUCAACUGAAACUAGAAAAGAGGCUUCUGAUAAGGAGGUUUCAUCACAAGUAUCUUCCACAAAACUGGAAGAUUUCAGCUCUCGGAAAGAGGAAUCACAAGAGAGCUAUCAUCGAGAAAGUAAGUCUCGAAAGGCCUACAAUAAUCGAUCUGUGUCAUUAACUUCCCAGAAAUGUUUGGAAUCUGAGUUUGAGAAGAGUUUUGAGCAGUUCGCGAACAUGAUGCAAACAGGUGACGAAUGUUUGUUCAAACAGGCCAAGGAAUUUGUGUCGGAUAAGGACAAACAGUCAGAGUUUGAGAAGAGUUUCGAACAGUUCGCGAACAUGAUGCAAACAGGCGACGAAUGUUUGUUCAAACAGGGCAAGGAAUUUGUCUCGGAUGAGGGUAAGAUGUCGGAGAAUUUCAGGGAGACGGAGAGGCGGUUUGAGAGUUAUGUGAAGGACUUGAAUGCGUCGGAUAACACAAAUGUGGACAAGAAAUUCGAGAACACUGUUCUGGAGAAGAGUGAAGAGUUGUGUAUGACGCGUUCGCAUACACCGGCCGGGUUCUAUGACAAUCACAGUGAGGCUGCAACCGUCGGGAGCACGACAGAGGUGGGCGUCGAGGGAAAGCGACGCCCGGCGUCGGAGUGCCUUGGCAGCCAAGAUGUGGGUGCCGCCUUCAACCAGCUGUCAUCAGAUACACUGCAAGCCGACUCUCGACGACAACAGAGCCAAAUAUCUGGAGGGGGAAAUUCUCCGUCUGCCACAGCGUACCAUGACUCGACAGUGCCAACUCCACCUCCUCCUCCUCCUCCCAUGAUGACUCAGGGGGGUGUUCCCCCUCCACCACCUCCUCCGCCGCCAUUAGGACUUGUACAUAUUCCCAACAUGAGACUCAAAACUGAGAUAGCAGACGUGCGCCGAGAACCACCGGCAGCCAUCCAGAACGCGAUGAUGACCAAAGACAAGAAGCCGUUCACCUACACACCGGGCGGACUCGACCUGUCCGAGAUCCGCUCGCCGCGGAUGGCGCGACGCAUCAACCGCAACGCGCACGCCGAAGACGCAGCCGCAGGCGAGCCGCAACCGCGACCCGCCGCCCAGCCCAGGCCGCUAUCCAUGCCGCCGCAGAUGGCUGUGCCUGUCUUUCCGCCGCAACCUCCGCCGCCGCCACCUCCCGCACCGCCGCAGUCGGCAACCUCGCCGCAGCCGCCGCAACCUCUCGCUGUGCCCAAGUUGCAGCCCGUGCAGCGACAAGCUGCGCCCAGCCCCGUAUCACAGAACACGGGCAGCAUCUAUGUGCCUCCAGUCCAGCAGCAGCCGCCAUCACAGCCCACUAGAUCGCAGCUCGGCUCACUGUAUGUGCCGCCGGUGCAACAAGACGCGCAACAUGACCCGCAAAAUGAUGUGCGACAAGUCAACAAGUCGCCUGCGCCUUGGAUGACACGCAACAAUGUGUCACAUAAUGAUGCUCAACAUGACGCGCAUAAUGAUGUGCAACAAGUGAACAAGUCGCCUGCGCCAUGGAUGACGCGCAACAGUGCCCCGCAACAGCAACAGCAGCAGCCGCCUUGGGUGGUUGUCAACCGGGAGCCGCCCCAGUCUCCUGUUUCACCUGUGGUUGUCUCGUCGCCGCCCCCUGCUUAUGGCCCGUCUCACAACCAGGCGCAGACCAGGAUCAUACCUAUACAGAUCGAAGGCCGUGAGACUCCGCAGCCAUCGAAUACCAGGAUAAUACCAAUACAGUUGGAGGCAUCCCCAUCCCCGUCUUCAUCUCCCCACUACAAUCCACAUGCGCCUCAGUUCAACUACCAACAACAGCAACAACAACAACAGCAGCAUCAACAACCGCAACAACAGUUUCAGCAGCGCAGGCCAGUCUAUGUACACAACAAGAACAACCCGCAAUAUGCCAAUGCUAAUGAAAAUUCGGCAGUGGAUGGCAGGAGUCAGCCACAAGGAUGGGCAAAUCAGGAAGAUCCUGGAGCUCCCGUACAGUCUCGCUCAUUCAGAGUACUGCAGAAAGUUACUGACGCCUACAGUCCUGCUGAAGAUAUGCCGUACAACAGCCAAGGUGUCCCUCUAAGUCAAUUGCGCAAAUUGCAGCUUUCUGAUGAUGAUCAAGCUCUCAUGAACAAGGUCAAGACUCAAGUGGAUGAAGAGCAAUUCCUGCACAACGAGUCAGACCCUCGCUACCGAGGCGCGUCGAUUCCCUCGCGAGCCUUUCGCAUGUUGCAAAACAUGACCGAACAUCCUGGCGAUUACAUGGCUCAGGUUCCACAAGGUUCCGGAAGCCCCCAUGUACUCACAAACAGGCGUCCUCAACCACAAGAACCCACUCCUCAGCCAUAUAUUCCUCCCUCCGAGCAGCAAGUCGAGGAGCCUCGCAAGUACCUGGGUGGAGCAAUUCCCUCCCGCUCGUUUAAAAUAUUACAAGCAAUGACGGCUGGUUCAAAUCCUUCAGGAACUGAAACGCAUGAACACUGGUCCGAACAAGUAAACAAUGUGGAGGGAGAGCCUUCAUCCUACCCCGCUCCUUAUCCCUGCUAUGAGGAUCCCAACAACUAUUACAAUGGAUACUAUUACGAUUUGAACCAACCGCCUCAGACCGCGGAAGAGCAGCAACAGUUCUGGGAGCACUACAACGCCAUGUGUGCCUAUAUGGCCGAGAUGAAUGCGGCAGCUUACCGUUACUCACCGUAUCCCCACGCGUAUCCUCCCCCCGUCACUCAACCGCAUCCCCUUUCCACCCACUAUUUCAGCGACUCUGAUGGUUAUUCGUCUACGGAUGAGAUGGCCUAUUAUGGUGCCUACUUCCAGAGGAGACCACCCCCGGCACCACUACCUAACUACCGUAUGUUUAGAGGUAGAUCGGCUACCCCCACUCCGGUGCCUCCUAGAAUUGUCAUCACCCCAACUGAGCACUCUUCCAGCAAAUCGGACAUAGAGGCAGAAUCUGGGAAGCCUGAAGCUCCCAAUAUAGUUGACACAAUUACAGCUGCUCCCAAUAACUCAGUUGACCUGGAGAACUCCAGCAGUGGCUCUGACACUGAAGUUGACGAUGAUAACGAUGACGAAGCACGGGUUACCGGUUUGAAAACGAUUCGUUCGGUGCCUGACAUCAACAUCUACAAGGACUCGACCGGCUCCGACAUUUCGUCGAGUAUCCCCAGGUCGGAUUCAGGAUCUGUGAAGGAGGACGAGGAUGAAGACGAUGAUGAAGAUGAGGAUGACGAUGAGGUGGAAGAGGAAGUUCAGGAUGAGGAUGAUUCCAGUCUGCACCAGUUGAGUGUGAUCUAUGAGGAGAGCGAGCACUCUAGUUUGAGUCACCGUGACUCUGUGGUCAGUGAGGAUGAGGAUGCAUCCAGUGCAACUCUGGACAACUGCGAUGAUGAAGACACUGAUGAUGAUGGUGAAGGCAUUCCUGACUCUGAUACUGUCACCGUCAGAUUGCCUCUGAAGCUGAAAUUCAGCAAGGCGAAUGGCGAUCGUGAUAUGGCCACAGUUAUUGUGGGUAAGAGUGAAGUACAACCAACAAGUGACCAACAGAAGCCUAAAGAUAGCUCACCAACUAUAGAGGAAACAGAGAAAUUUAGCAAAGCAAAUGGGGAUCGUGAUAUGGCCACUGUUAUUGUGAGUAAGAGUGAAGUACAACCAACAAGUGACCCACAGAAGCCUAAAGAUAGCACAUCAACUACAGAAGAAAUAGAGGAGGUAGCAGUUGAGAGUUGCAUUGUCAAGCUGGAUCAGUUGCAAGAAAUUGAUGAUGAUGAGGAAGCAGAUAAUGUUGUGACAAGUGAGGAAGAAGAUAAUGUCGUUGAAGUGGAGCCAGAAGGUAUGAUUGUCGAGGAAAUAACAAGAGAUGACUUUGAUGCAGAUGUGAGUGUCACAAUAUCGUUGAAAAAAUCCAAGCCAAAACCUCAAAUUGAACCAGAACAUUCGGGAGACAAAGUGGUUGGUGAGACUUCGUCGGCAAGGGGAAGUUCGCCUGUGGAUUUCUGGAAAACUAUUAUCUCUGAAGACGAGUCCGUUUCUGGCAACGAAGUGACAGCCAGAGGAUCGAUUUCAUCGGCUACUGAGGAGGAUGAACCAAGAGAUGGUCACUGGGAAGAUGAUUCAAGUAGCACAAGUGUGCAAACUGUGCGUAAGACUGGCACAAGUGGCAGCGAUGUCGAUGAUUCUGAUGACAAUUUCAAUAAUUCAUCUUGCAGAAAAGAGCAAGAGAAUGUUGCUGCUGUUGUCAAUGAUGAGGACGAAGAUGGAAGUGAAGAAGAGGAGGAAUCAAGUGAAUCUAGUGAGUCAUCUUCUGACAGUGAUUCAGAUUCCGUUGAAGGCGAUGAAGAGGAUGAGGUGGAAGAGAGAGACGUCUGGAACAAAGAUAGCCAUGUAAUGAAACAGUUCGAGAAGAGCUGUGACAAAAUGAACCAACUCAAAGUUGAUUCUAAUAGCAAGGUCAUCAGUAGAGAUGAUGAAAGUGAAGAAGAAGAGGAAGAAGAUGACUCAGGUGUGACGUCAGACAUGAGUAGGCAUAUUUCUGAGACAGACACUGAUCCAGAAUGCAGUGUUGGUAGGUCUAGUAGGAAAAUGAAUUCAUAUCAGAGAGCUGCAACGCAUUCUCGUCUGUUCAAACUGCUUCAGGAAGAGUGCGCUCAGGAGGAUGACGUUGAAGCUGCAAAGGUGUGUGAUGAACUCCCCAUGUCAAGGAAAGACAAGCUGACGCUCAGUCUCAACGAGCAGCUGCAGAACAGGGAACGUGACAGUCUGUCGUCAUCCUCUGGAGUUGAUUCGCCGUCUUCACCCAACAACUUUGACCAAUUAGCCAACGAACUGGUGCAAAGUUUGCUGAAAAGGAAGAAGGGCAGACAUUUCAGGAAACUGCCACUGGCCAAGCUGCAUGAUGCCGCUGUGAGGAUCCUGAAGGAGGACGCAGGGCGUUGCUGUGAUGCCGUGAUCAGCUCACCUUCCACAGAUGAAAGCAACAUCUAUUCACCUGUUCACAUUCCCGGCGGCUCGAUCUACGGUGACAACUAUCAUAACUACUGUGAUUACUAUAGUACCUGGGGCUACCCGGACUCACUCAAUGAUAGUUUGGGCUCAGACAUAGUACCUUCGAAAACAUUCAAGAUGCUUCAGGAGCAUACGGCAGCGGGUGGCCAGGUGAAUUCGCAUUUAAUCACUGCCAAAUGUCCUCGAAUUGUGAGCUCGAAAAACGUACCUUCUGACCUGCACACCCCACCACCUCUCCCUCUGCCCACGCCCUCUCCCUCCACAGAGACGUGAUGCUCUUCUCCUGCUCGUCCUGCGUUCAACUCAGGGCCGGAUCUACUCGGGGUCAAUGACCUUGUUGUGUCAGAGUGCACCGCAAGGUCGGCCGGAUGAAUCGGAGUAUUGAUGCAUUGCUGCAUCGACUAUUGGCUGCCAUCUUCCAUCUGUCAUCUGCCAUCUGCCAUCUGCCACCACAUAAUUAUUUAUUCGAAUGAAAACCGCUUUGCAUUAAUACCGGGGCUUGACAACUUCAUCGCCUUCUUGGAGAAACGAAACUUACGUUUAUUUCAAUGUAUAUAGCAAUGAUUUUCAAGAAAAAAUGUGUACCGUAUUCUAGUGUUUAGAUAAUGAGAAUACUGAACUGUUUUCGAUGAAAACUAAAUGAAUACUUUUACAGUUUAGUUAUUUGAGAGAAAAAUGGAAUGUAGAGUGAAAUACCUACAUGCAGAGAUGAUUUCAAAGCUUAUUCUAAUAUCAUCGAGCAUCCGUACUUUUACUGUAUUCAACUUUUUAGAAUCUGAUGGAAUUCCUUGCAGUUGAUUACUUAAAGUUAUUUUUUCUAACUUUUUUGAAAAAAUGUACUCCUAUUACAGUAGUUGAAAUCCCAUUAGGAAUUUUUCUAUGUCACUGAACAACGGCCAGAUUUUGAAUAGCUCUUCCAUCUUAUUCAAUAUUUUGUUUUAUAUUUGAUAUUGAUGUUGAAACUAUAGUAUUUCUCUUCGUUUUACAACUCAUGUACAAUAUUAUGUGCUUGACAAAGCUGCAGCACCCCGUUUUUUAGAGUUUGAUGUUUGCAGUUCGAAGGAAAUUAUGUUUUUCUCUUAUAACAUUAAUGUACGAGUGUUGCGGAAUAAGAAAAAUUAUUUAUCAUUUUCCAGUAUUUCUACGUUUAAUGUAGAGAGAAUCAUGAAUAUUGUGCAUUCAUACGCAAAUAAAUGGACUCUCAAAAAGUGAUA